AUGGAAAAAUUCAGUUACGUUAACGCUACCAGUCUGGAGCAGGUCACGUCACUCCUGAGUGAAAGUGGUUGGGGCGAAGUCAUGCUUAUCGCCGGCGGCACGGAUCUGCUUGCAGAACUCAAAGAGUACAUUGAAACCCCGAAGACGCUCAUUAAUCUCAAGACGUUACCCGGAAUGGAUAGCAUUGAGGCUGAUGCUUCAGGCUUAAAGAUCGGGGCAUUAGCCACUGUCGCUGACAUCGCUAUGCAUCCGACUAUCCGGCAUCACUAUACCGUUCUGGCGCAAGCUGCUGGUUCUGUUGCGACGCCACAGAUUCGGAACGUCGGGACACUCGGCGGGAAUCUUUGCCAACGUCCGCGGUGUUGGUACUACCGAGAUGAAACCACCGAUUGCCUCAAAAAGGGUGGAGACAUCUGUUAUGCAGUUGAUGGUUUGAGCAAAUAUCAUGCGAUCCUUGGUGGCGAUCCGGUCUACAUUGUGCAUCCUUCGGACCUCGCGCCAGCAUUGAUUGCCUUGGGUGCCUCGGUCAAAAUCGUCGGACCCAAUGGCGAGAAAAACAUGUCGCUUGAGGAAUUCUUUACAUUACCGGCUGCAAAUCCGUUCCGGGAAAAUGUGCUGGAACCCAAUGAAAUUGUCGUUGAGGUCAGCGUCCCGGCAGCGAAGCCGAAUACAAAGAGUUUCUAUUUAAAGGCGCGUGAGAAAGGUGCCCCUGACUUCGCGUUAUCAAGCGUUGCUGGUGUUUUUGAGAUGGACGGGAAGACCUGUAAAACCGCCAGUAUCGUUCUCGGUGGUGUCGCGCCUGCGCCUUGGCGUUCUAAAGAGGCAGAAGCUGCAGUCACCGGCAAGAUGAUCGACGAAUCGGUGAGUCAGCAAGCCGGAGCGGAUGCAGUCAAGGAUGCACAACCCUUGAACGACAACGCGUACAAGGUAACUUUAACACGGAAUCUCGUCAGUCGCGCCGCGAUGAUGGCUGCAAGCUAA